AUUCGUGUCUAAAUAAAAUAGCCUACACGUAGGUUAUCAAACUCAACCAAACGUGUUUUUCUUAUUGUUUGUGUCUUUGCUUUCGAAGUCAUUAGAAAGUAAGAGCAGUGUCGGUUUUAAUCGCUAUUUUUUCUCCUAAAUUAAACGAUUCAAAAGAAAAAAUGAAAAAGAAAGGAAGAAAAAAACUAUUUCAAACGGCGUGUUGAGUAAGGUUUUCGUUUUCUUCUCUUCUCUCUACACACUUGAUGUGAAACGAAUUUUGUCCUUGGCAGAAAAUUCGGUUUUCUAAAAAUAUACGCGAAUGUGAGGAGAACCAGUUAUAUAUUUGUUUCGGAACAUGAAAAUGUGAUAUUGAAUUAUUCUUUUGUGAAAGAAAAAAAAAGAAAAAACAAUUUCUUACUCAAAGAUCAUACCGAACGGCUGGUAAAUAUAUAGAAUACAUAACGACCGUGCUUGAAUUUGACGUUUCAGUGGAGUGUGUACAGGGUUUUUUUUGCUCAUUUGUUUCGUAUGCGAUGACAGAUAGAACGUCUUAACCUCAACUUAGAUCAGUUGAAUUGGCGCCAAACAUUAAUCGAAAGCAGUCAUUGUGUGGAGGACAAGCAAUACCAACCAUAUCGUUUUAUUUGUGCAUUUUAUUACCGAUUUUUUUUUUAAAUUGUUCGAAUGAUUUAUGUGUUUGUUUGAUUUUACGGUUUUUUAAUUGUUUGAAAUAAUUUUGAAAAUUGGAACAUUACGAGCAAUAAAGAAAAUAUGUCGACAAGAGUGACACGAUCUUCAACACGAAUUUCAACGGUUGGAGCUAGUACACCAACAACUAAAACAAAGUCAGCUGUAUCGGAGAAGCGACGUCAGCGUAAAAAUGUACACGAUGUGGAUAAUGGUGACAAACAGUGCAACGGUGAUUCGAAUGCUGAUGAUGUGCACGUAACACCGCCAAAGCAACGAAAAACAUGUGCAAAAGCCAAUGCAUUGAGUCCAUCAACGUUGUUGAAUCGUUUGAGUAUCGGUGCACCGGAACACAAGGAAAAUGAACCAGAAAUUGUGCCAGCCAAACCGAAAAGUAAAAUUGAUAAUGCUCGCAAAGUGCUGAAUGCUGCCGAAACCGAAGAGCUGUACGGCCGUGAAAAAGAAAUCAACGAACUCAAUGAGUUUCUUUCAUCGAAUCUUGAUAAGAAGACGUCAGCUAGCAUUUAUAUCAGUGGUCAACCAGGAACUGGCAAAACGGCAUGUAUUCGAAAGCUGUUGGACUCAUCCUCGGCGAAAAAAUUCAAAAAGGUCUACAUCAACUGUACGAAACUGCAAACACCAGCCACCGUUUACCGUGCAAUUUGUUCGGAGCUGAAUAUCCCGAUGGUGACCGAUAAAAAUGCCAAUUUGAAGACCAUUCAACAUUACAUCUGCAGCAAAAGCCAUAAAAUGGUGUUGCUGGUGCUGGACGAAAUCGAUGAAUUGAUCGACAAAAAGCAAUCGGUAUUGUAUACAAUAUUCGAAUGGCCGGCACUGACCAAUGCCAAAAUCGUUCUCAUCGGCAUUGCCAACUCGUUGGAUCUAACGAAUCGGGCGCUAUCACGACUGCAAACACAAUCGACUUCGGUGAAGCCGCGUCUCAUGCAUUUCUCACCAUACACAAAAGAGCAAAUCGUAGACAUUUUCAAAAAUCGUUUGCAAGCAGCUGGUGUUCUGGAUGUAUUUCCAGUUGCGACGAUUCAAUUGCUGUCGGCCAAAGUAGCUGCGAUGUCUGGUGAUAUUCGGAAAGCGCUUGACCUUGGACGGCGUGUGGCCGAAAAGGCAAAAGAGACCACCAAUUUCAAUGCACAAAAUUUAAACGAUGAUCUCGGCAUUAGCGAAAUUGAACCGAAACCGGAAAAGAUCGAAGUAAAACAAGUGCUGAACGUACUCAACGAUGCAUACAGUACGGCAAAUAAAUGGGCCGAUGACGAGAAUGGUGAUGCGAUUCCAUUACAAGAGAAAAUUCUGGUAUGUACGCUGCUGUUGCUGUUGAAACAGUCCAAAAAUAAAGAUAUUACGGUGGGUCGCGUGCGCGAAGUGUAUGCGAAAGUGUGCAGCAAACGGGGCAUUUCGGCAUUGGAUGAAUAUGAACUAUUCGGCCUUUGUUCGCUGACUGAAACUAAAGGAAUCAUCAAAAUGAUCAAAAAUAAGGUGGCGCGACAAACAAAAAUACAACUGCAGUGGGACGAAGAUGAGAUCACGAACGUUGUCAAAGAUAAGCAGCUGAUAGCCAAUAUUCUAACGGAUGUUACAGUUUUGAACAAAUGAAUUUAUUGUAUGCUUUGCCAUCCAUUUUGUCGAGCGAAAUUUUUUUUUAGGGAUUUUCAUUAGGCAUUCUAAUUUCGUUUCUUUUUCUUGCAAAAUAUUGGAAGCUCAACGGAUUUAUGUUCUCAAAGUAUAGUUUAAUGUAAUCCUCAACAAUUCGCCAAAUCAAUAAGUUAAGUUAAGCUACCGCUUCGCAAUUUCGAUUUUCGACACAAGAGAAUCUAUACGACUCAGAGUUAAGAUUUAUAAUGUAUAAAAAAAAACAUUUGAUUAUAUUGAGAUGGAUUUGCCAAAGAAAUGGUCGUGGGUCGAUGUUUUUCGCGAAAAAUACAGCCCAAUAUAUAGUUCGUACGGUUGGUUAUAUACAUUUUAUAUAUAUAUACAUACACACAUAUUUACAUAAAGUAGCGAUAAACGACAUCAAACAUUCUAAGAUGAAAAAUCAAAACCGAAGCACAUUUUUAAAAAUAGAAUCCCGAUUUUUCACGUACAGCACUUGAGUCUUUCUAGUAAUUUCGAAUCAAUGGAAUGAACAAACAUACGGAUCAUACUCUUUUUCCAACAGCUUUGCAUCCAUUUCCGUUUUUUUCCAUGCGUCAAAUUGUUGUUUCAUUCGUUCAAAUCGAUUUAAAUAAAAAGAAAAAAACGUUUGUAUUUUCUUCGGAAGAAUAUGAUCAUAUGUAUUGUUUUCUCAAUCAUUCAUAUCAUUUUCAUUUUUCUCAUUCUCAUCAUAGACAAAAGGAAGCAUUAUUUCGCCAUAGUAUUUAUUUUAUGUUAUUUUAUGACCGUUUAAAUUAAGAAUUUCUAAUGCCGGAUGUAUAUUUAGAUUUGACACUGAUUUGAUAUAAUUCUGAAUUUAUCCGUAUUAACCUAAAACGUAUCAGGCACUAUGAAAUAAAUAUCGGAUUGACUUCAGAACCACUUUUGUACUGGGGGCGCUCAUUGCUGAAGAGUCGCUCAAGAAUUUCAUAACAAUUUAACGUAUUUGAAUUCUAAUAAAAGUGCAAGACAUUUCGACUAUUAUUGCAACAAA